UUUUUCAAUCACUUUGAAUGGAAACAGCCACUCACACUGAGUCUUUAUUGGCAGUGUGUAGCAUGUUGUUAGUUUUACCUGAACAGUUUUGCACUGAGUUGCAGAAACAGAAAACAAGGAAGAAAUAUUCGCGUGUAGCUGACAGACCAAAACUCACUGAAGCUGUGUGAGUUUACACAACAGGACACUCGUGUCAUCUUCAAGACAACCACCGGCCUCCUCCCCCCAUCUCCUUCCUAAUGAUCUCUGUGUUUGUGUGUCCGAUUUAAAAAGAAACCCCAAACAGCUCCACAUCAGGCAUCCGGACAAUUCACUGACGUCAUACCAGCUCGGUGGCAUUCACCAGACCAGUGCUACCAGUUCACUCUGCCAAGCAGUUGGGGGCUAAUGUUUGCGAGACAGACAGCAAGAAAAAGGAGGAGAGCAGAGGGAGGGAGGAAGGAGCAUGUUUGAAAGAUGAGAACGGGAGAGAGGGAGAGCUCCUCAUAAGUCCUCCGAGCUGGCAGGGACCUCAUAACAGAAGACGAGGCUGUUUGCAGCUGCAUCACAGCCGAAAACACGCAAGACACAGCAGAGGGUGUAGAAGAGACUCCAGUUAGAAGAAAAAUCACUGACCUAACAUGAUGGAGGUGGUCCUAACCAGACUGCGGGACUUCUCCUGCAAGACCUCCACCUUUGAUGACUGCAAGGGAGCACAAGAGAGCAAGAGCAGGGACCCUGAGGCCAGAACCAACCACGUCAAGGAAGGGUGCACAUCUGGUGGAGAAGCAAGCAAACUGGACAUAGAGAGUGCACUGGCCUGGCUGCGAAGGGAGCUGAUGGAGAUGCGUUCCCAGGAUCAAGCCCUGAUUCGACAGCUGAUGGAGCUUCACUCAGGCAUCCAGGAGCUCAAGCAGGAGCUGUAUGAGGAGGAGCAAGAGGAGGAGACGUAUGAGGAGGAAGAAGAGGGGAGCUACUGGGACUCUGAGAGUGAACAAGGAAGCGGCAGCCUCUACUCCAGCUCAGGGGAGGGGGGCUUUUCCAUUUCCUGCCUAAAGAUGCCUCAGCAGCUUUAUUCGGGCACUUUAUCGAGGAGGAUGUUCUGCAGGAGAAGCUCUGUGCCUUGAAAAGUCAGACAAAUUUUUCAAAAAUGUGCCUUUUAAGGCAGUUAACAUAGACAAGGUGGAGUUCAGUGACCCCAUUUUCCACCGCUUCACUUAAGAAAAAACAAAGCUUAAAGUCAUUGUAACUUACGGCUGCAUACAAAUUAGCCAACAAUGUCAUGGCUUAUCCUUUAUUUUUAUUUUCAUAACAUGAAUAUGACAUUGUAAAUGAAAAAAGGCACCUUAGACAAAAACAAAUGUUUUUUGGGGUUUUUGGGGUUUUUGUGAGUCAUCCGCCU